CCACGGGAUCACACCUCAGUCCGCUUUGGGCUUGUUGUCCGUUACGGGGUCCCUGGAACAAUGUUGGAGAGGCGCUGGCGCGGAUCGAUGUGGCGCGCCACAUGGAUUUUAUUUCUCCCCUUUCUGAUCCACUCCACAGCGGCUCAAGAUGACGUGCCUCCCUAUUUUAAGACCGAGCCGGUGCGAAGCCAGCUUCACCUGGAACGAAAUCGCUUGGUUCUGACUUGCAUGGCAGAGGGAAGCUGGCCGCUGGAAUUUAAAUGGAUCCACAAUACCACCGAACUAACACGAUUUUCACUGGAGUACAGGUACCUAAUCCCUUCACUGGAUCGUUCCCAUGCCGGGUUCUACCGCUGCAUUGUGAGGAAUCGGGUGGGAGCCCUUCUGCAGAGACGCACAGAAGUACAAGUAGCCUUCAUGGGCAGUUUUGAAGAAGGCGAGCGUGCUCAGUCCGUCUCUCAGGGAGAGGGCGCUGUCAUUCCAGCUCCACGGAUUCGGAGUUUCCCACAACCGCAAGUCACCUGGUUCAGAGACGGACGGAAGAUUCCACCCAGCAGUCGCAUGCUCUUCGGGGGUCCAUCUCUCUGUGUGUUUCGUUGCUUGGACUAAUCACACCUGAGCAAGAGAAGAAGGGAAACAUAGCUGGAUUCAAAGCGCAUGUGACAGUCAGCUCCAGCCAGUCGAAACGCUAAUAAAUUUCA